AUGUUUUCAUCGAUCCUCCUGCAUUUGUCUUUGACCCUGAGCUACGCUACCUCGAGUCCCAUCCAAAGACGCGCGCUCUCCCAAAACGACAUCAUCGGCAUGCAACUGGCCAGCUAUCUCGAGAACCUGGAACUGAGUCUGUACACUGGUGGAUGUGAGGGUAUCACUGAUGUACAAUGGCUUGCUGCUGGCUUUCCUUCCACCUUUCAGCAAGACAUAUGUGCUAUCGCAGAACAACAACAGAAUCAGACAAGCUACAUCUCGUCGACACUUGAGGCGAGCGGCAUAUCUGCCCAUCAAGCUUGCAACUAUGCCCUCUCGUACGACACACCUACGGCCCUUGUCCUCGCAAAUCAGAUUACAUCCAUCAGUCUCGGGUACUAUCUCGGCAGCUUGAACGACUUUUCUCCAGAGCUUCAGGCCUUAGCUGCCUCUAUACUCUCGGUCGAAGCUCGCCACGAUGCUAUUGUCAGGAACGGAAUGGGAGCUUCUCCCUUCCCUACCAACCUCGAUGUGCCACUGAGCUCCGUCUGGGCAUACAAUCUGGCGCAGAAAUAUACCACGUCCUGUCCGCAGGCGCUGUCCAUCGAUCUCCUACCUCCGCUCACCUUCAACGGCAUGUCAGGCAGCACUCUUGAUUUU